AUGAUCAUCUCCAAAUUUGCCGUCUCCCAGUGCUCUGUGCUUGCUGGGAGGUUCUCCCUUUUAAAAGCGCUCAGGUCUUCGAGUUCGAAAAACCUUGUCAGCGCAUGGCGAUCACAGAAAGUUCACGCGUCAUCCCUUCUCAAAGUGGGACGUCUUUCUGGACUAUGUCUUAGUGCAUGGUACAUUCCUUUUUUGAGAUUGGUGGAAAGCAAGAAAGAUGUACUACUGAGUAAACGUGUGGAUCAUCUACAUAAAAAAUACUUGGGCAGUGAAGUACCAUCACUUUCACUUCACGACGUUUGGUCGCUAAUUAAACCGUACUGGUUUUUAUUUCUGGCAGCUGUCAUAAGCGCUAUUCUAGCCGCUGUUGUCAACAUUCAACUUCCAAUCUAUCUUGGAGAAUUAAUCGAUAAAAUUGUCAUAAUAAUCAAAGAUCAGUCCAAGGGAGCAGUGAGUGACUUAGGGAUAAUUAAACCAGAAGCAGCAAGGCUUGUGCUCUGUUAUACAGCACAGGCAGUGCUUACUUUCUUCUACAUCAGCUUUCUCACUGUUCUUGGUGAACGUAUCGCGGCCGACCUUCGUAUCACAUUGUUUAGUCGUUUAUUGGCUAUGGACAUGGCUUUCUUCGACUCACAGAAAACUGCGGAAUUGUCGAACAGGUUAAACGUUGAUGUGCAGGAAUUCAAGAGUUGUUUCAAACUCACCGUUGCGCAAGGGCUCAGAACUAUGGCACAGGUGGGUGGAUGUGUAGUUUCUCUAUUUCGAAUUUCUCCCCACAUGACUAUGUACACUGUGGCGGCUCUUCCAGUAAUCAUCGCCAUUGGCACGUUAUUUGGAGCGUUGUUAAGGAGCCUCAGCAGAAGAGCGCAAGCACAAUCCGCGAUAGCUGCCGCAGUCGCAGAUGAAGCGCUUGGAAAUAUACAAACCGUUCGCGCUUUUGCAAUGGAGGAACAGGAAGCGAGGCUGUUUGAAAGAGAAGUUCGACUAGCAUGCUUCUUGCAAGAAGUUUUAGGGAUGGGUAUAGGACUCUUCCAAGGAGCGACCAACUUCUUUCUAAAUGGAAUGGUUCUAUCUGUUCUCUACGGUGGAUCCUCUUUAAUACAUUCAGGUGAAAUGACUCCUGGUGAAUUGAUGUCCUUUCUCGUUACUGCACAAACUAUACAAAGAUCAUUAGGCCAGCUUUCUCUAGUAUUCGGGAAUGCAGUGAAGGGAUGGACAGCUGGUGCUCGAGUAUUUCAGUUCGCAAACUUGCAUCCUUCUGUCUGCAACAGCGAUGGUGUUUGCAUUCCUUACCACUCUUUAUGUGGCGAAGUUCGCUUUGAAAGUGUGGAGUUCGCCUAUCCAACCCGCCCGGAACAUCAAAUCUUUGAAAAUUUGAAUCUCACUAUACCUGCAGGACAAAUAGUGGCCUUGUGUGGACCCAGCGGAGAAGGAAAAACCACCAUCACUUCUUUGCUCGAGCGAUUUUAUGAACCCACAUCAGGACGUGUACUAUUAGAUAACCAAGAUUUGAGAACUCUUAAUCUUGAAUGGUUGCGUGGUCAGGUGAUAGGAUUGAUUUCUCAAGAACCUGUACUAUUUGCUACUAGCAUUGAAGAGAAUAUUCGGUAUGGAAGGCCUGCUGCAACGGAUCAAGAGGUAAUGGAAGCCGCUCAACUAGCAAACGCUCAUGACUUUAUCAACAGUUUUCCUGAAGGGUACAAAACAAUUGUCGGUGAACGUGGAACUCAGCUUUCUGGCGGUCAAAAGCAGCGGAUAGCAAUUGCCAGAGCACUGUUGAAGAAUCCUCCCAUACUUGUUCUUGAUGAGGCGACUAGUGCACUCGAUACUGAGAGCGAACGUUUGGUUCGUGAUGCAUUGGAUCGAGCUAUGAAAGGCAGAACAGUCCUCAUUAUUGCACACCGAUUGAGUACUAUUAAGAAUGCCAAUCUCAUCUGCGUUAUCAAGGACAAAAAGGUCCUUGAACAAGGAACACAUCAGCAACUGGUGCGAAAACAAGGAAUCUACUACAAUUUGAUAAAGUCUCAGUUCACUGAGGCUUAA